UCCAUCAGACAUCAUUCAAGUUGAAAAGACACGCGCUUAUAUUAUUUCAAGAUAACAUCAUUUAGUCUGAAUUGGCAGCAGCUACUUUUUCAAGUCGAUUCGAGCUGAUAAUUAAUUCAUUUCGCACUUUCACAAGGAAAAAAUGGUCGCUCUUUUGGGUGUCUUCCUGGUGGUAACUUUAUUCGCUUCCAGCUUCGGGAAUGCUGAUGUGGUAUCCCUAGAUGACAAAGAUUGCGCUGGGGGAUACAUUUUCGUUGACAAAGAGAUCGUGAUCGACGGUCCGUUUGACGGAGAUUGUAUUUUGCAAUUCGAAACACAGGAGGAUCGUAUUCUGGCGUUCACCGUCGUCGAUGGGGACAUGAAAGAAGCCCUAAGAUUUUUUUCAAUUCACGAUGGACUCGAAAACAAUUCUCCGAUUCUCCUAUUAGAAAAUCAGAAGAUCCUGGAAUUAGCCUCAAGGAAAGAUUUGCCAGCUGCGCUCUACACUACUCAAUCGGGAGCAGAGAUAAAAUUUAUAAAGCUGCCAACUUCAAAUUUCCAGCUCAAAAUUCAAAAAGCCGUCAUUUGCCCAUUUAAUUUGGGAGUGGACAGCCAAUGUGGCCGAGUGGUGGACGAGACUUCGUGUUACUGCGCUACCUUCACCAACCGAAACCAAGCAGAUCAGACAAUGUAUUGUGUCGACAACAAUAUGAAGUUGAUUUCGUUCGAAAAUGCAACAGAGGAGGAGCGCGUUCAAGCCGCUUGGGGUACCCAAACGCCAUUUUGGACUUCGUUGACGGACACUCGUCGGGAAGGAACUUGGCUGUGGGAGAGCUCGAUGACCAUUCCUGACUACACUAACUGGUACCCUGGAAGACCCAACUCUGUAUCUAGCAACACCGAUGACUGUAUGGCGUACGGUGGCGCAACUUUUUUGACGUUCUGGGGCGAUGUUGGUUGCGCAACGAUGGCUCACGCAGUCUGUGAAGCACAGCCAUAAUGUAUUUUGCUUGACUAAAAAGAUUUUGGUAUGAGUUACAUAGAAUAUUAGCUAAAAAAAUUGUGAGUACGAAUAAACAGCAUCAGCAACAUCA